UUGUGGGACAGACCUGGAAGAGCUGGAAAAGUGUAGAAGGUAUGUGAUCGUCCAGAAAUUUUUUCAGAGUCAGAACCUGGAAAGCUGAGGUUCUACUUUCCCACAUAAGACUAGCACAACAGGAUCUCCCUGUGGUUUUGUGCCUAGCCAUAUUCACUAGUUUCCAGCUUUUACUUUCAAAAUAAAUCUUCCUCGUCUCCCUGAAAGAAGACUCAAAAGGAGGAAGGGAGAGUUUUUACUGGUAUCCUGUCCUCAGGUCAGAAGAGGAAGAAGCAGGGACAGAAGAGCUUGCAUGAAUCUCCUUGUGAUGAAGAUAGAAGUUAAAACAUGACUGUUCCUACCUGCCAAAGCCUCAUUCUGAUGUCUGUCCCCUUAACUGGUUACCUGUUCUCAAAUGUCUGCUACCACCACCCAUACUACCAUGUGGUUAGAGUCACACUGGAAGAACAUCCGCCAAGCCUUGUUGCUUCUUUUCACUGCUGCUCUUCUCAUUGGGGUCACCAUGCUAGCCAUUUCAUCUAACAUUAACCCAAUAGGCUACUUCUUCCUAGGGGUAGGUGGAGUAUGCCUGAUUGGCUAUUUGCUGAGCGUGUUUGUUGAGUGUUACUUGAAGAAUCAACACCGACGUGACACAAAUGAGAUACCUCCAAACAGACAAACCCAAGCAGGGGUGAAUGCUGCCUAUGAAGCACCUACAUACGAGGAGGUGAUGACUAUGUCAGUUCCAGCGAUAUGGACAAUUGCAUCCAAUCCAGGCUCAGUGCCCUCACCAUUGAGCGAACCCCCCCCUUACAAUGUAGCUAUUGAAUCACCUGCCCAGGAAGAGACUGUGAUGGAAACCCUGAGGGUCUCAGUGGCAUCAGACACAAGGAACGCCUCUGAGACAGACAGAGGCUCCAGGAUGCACUUGCAGCUGGUGCUGCCCCCAAGAUUGAGAUUUGCUUCAGACAUCCAUGAAGUGAAAGGUACUACAGACAGGUCUGAGCCAUUGGAGCCGCUCACUCCACCACCUGCUUAUGAGAGUGCCAUCAACGAUGAGGUCUUUGAAGAUGUCUUCCAGCCCUCCACAGUAUGAUUAAUUCCACCUUCUAUGAAGGCAGGACCAAACCCCCACCUGGCUGAACAUCAUGGUUCUCCUGGAGGGAAGGUGAAAGAGCUGAUUUUUUUUUUAUGCCUGAAACAGGAGAAGUUUGUCUUAUCAUUCCUUGAACCAGAGCUGAACUACAGACAUAGCAUCUAAUUUCACUACAGACUUUGCACACUAUACAAUUCAGUGCAAUACCAUGAUGCUUCAUCUUGGCACAAAAUAAGCAAAGCCACUGAAGAGAAAAUUGUGUGAAAUACAGCAACAACUGAAACUGGAGAUACACCUUUAUGGGAGAGAAGAGCAAAUCAUAAGGAAAGACAAGCUGCCUUGGAAAAGAGAAGAAUAGAAACAGCACUGAGUUGAUUCUGCCUGUGCAUUACAAACAGUAUCACUGAGUUUUGUGAUCAUCAACCACCCUAAAUUUCCUAUUGAGAGACUGAGACUGCAGUUCCCUGACUGUAAAAGUUUUGGCAGCGACACAAACUUAGGUUCUGUGGUGUUUGUUGCUACGCCUCUGCUGCACUCACAGCACAUCCUCAGUUGUGCUAACACGGAGAAGAGGGGGGCUGUAUUCAUUCGGAAGCUGGCACUACCUAAUACUAUCACUUUGCUACCAAUCAGCUCGAGGUUGAAAACCUCACAGCGGUUGUGGCAUUAUGAAAUGACGUGUUGUUUAGAAGGUUCUCAUCCUACACUGCCUGCAGGUGAUGAACAUAAGGAAGACAACGCCAUUUUUUAUUCCAGUGAGAGAGAGGUCAACAAUGGAACACAUAUACAUACACUCUGCCUGGAUGGUUGGGCCAAGAAGAACCUCAUGAAGUUCAGCAAGGGCAAGCGCAGAGUCCUGCAUCUAGGGAGGAAUAACCCCAAGCACCAGUACAGGCGUG